UUGAUUAUUUUAUUUUAAUUCAGGGAACUAAUAGAAGAAUUACAUCCUAUAAUUAAGGAAGCACUUGAAAGAAGGCCAGAGAACAUGAAACGACGCAGGCGUCGAGAUAUUUUACGUGUACAACUAGUGCGAAUAUUUGAACUGUUGGCAGAUGCUGGUGUCAUUAGUCACAGUGCGAGUGGUGGCCUUGAUAAUGAAACACAUUCCCUCAACAACACUUUACUUGAGUAUGUUGAUCUAACAAGACAACUCCUAGAAGCAGAAAAUGAAAAGGAUUCUGAUACAUUGAAAGAUAUCCGAUGCCAUUUUAGUGCCUUAGUGGCAAAUAUCAUUCAAAAUGUUCCAGUCCACCAGAGAAGAAGUGUCUUUCCACAGCAAAGUCUCCGCCACAGUCUAUUUAUGUUGUUCAGUCAUUGGGCAGGUCCUUUUAGUAUCAUGUUUACUCCCCUGGAUAGAUACAGUGAUAGGAACAUGCAAAUAAACAGACACCAAUACUGUGCAUUAAAGGCUAUGUCUGCUGUACUGUGUUGUGGCCCUGUGGCAGAUAAUGUUGGGCUCUCGUCUGAUGGCUAUUUAUACAAAUGGCUGGAUAAUAUUCUGGAUUCACAGGAUAAGAAGGUUCACCAGCUGGGAUGCGAGGCAGUUACGCUGCUCUUGGAACUCAACCCUGACCAGAGUAACCUCAUGUACUGGGCUGUAGACCGGUGCUAUACAGGUUCCAAGCGGGUAGCAGCUGGCUGCUUUAAAGCCAUAGCCAGUGUGUUCCAAAACAGGGAUUACCAGUGUGAUACAGUGAUCCUUCUAAAUCUGAUACUGUUUAAAGCAGCUGAUUCCACUAGGGCUAUCUAUGAAGUUGCUAUGCAACUAUUACAGAUCUUGGAACCAAAGAUGUUCCGUUAUGCUCACAAACUGGAAGUUCAGAGGACAGAUGGAGUUUUGGGUCAGCCUUCUCCUUUACCACAUCUGUAUUCUGUGUCAUACUAUCAACUAUCAGAAGAACUGGCAAGGACUUAUCCUGAGCUAACACUUGCCAUCUUCUCAGAAGUAAGUCAGAGAAUCCAAACGGCUCACCCGGCUGGGAGACAGGUGAUGCUGCAUUAUCUGCUGCCAUGGAUGAACAAUAUUGAGUUGGUAGACUUGAAACCUUUGCCAACCAUCCGGCGGCAAGAUGAAGAUGAAGAAGAUUCGUUGAAGGAUAGAGAAAUAAUGGUAAACAGUAGGCGCUGGCUACGAGGAGAAGGCUGGGGAUCACCGCAGGCUACAGCCAUGGUCCUGAACAACCUUAUGUAUAUGACUGCAAAGUAUGGUGAUGAAGUGGCUUGGUCUGAGAUUGAAAAUGUCUGGACUACUUUGGCAGACAGCUGGCCGAAGAAUCUGAAAAUAAUUUUGCACUUCCUGAUCAGUAUCUGUGGAGUGAACAGUGAACCCAGCCUUUUGCCUUAUGUAAAGAAAGUUAUUGUUUAUUUGGGUAGAGACAAAACAAUGCAACUAUUGGAAGAGCUGGUGAGUGAACUUCAGCUUACAGAUCCUGUCAGUUCAGGAGUCACCCAUAUGGAUAAUCCACCAUAUUACCGCAUUACUUCCAGCUAUAAAAUCCCUUCUGUCACUUCAGGUACCACCUCUAGUAGCAAUACAAUGGUAGCUCCCACAGAUGGCAACCCUGACAGUAAACAUAUAAAAGACAGCAUUGAAGAUAAGUAAGUAUUUCCUCAGAGAUCA